AUGACAGGCAAACAAGGUGCCAUAUUGUCGGAACCUUUGAAUAUAUCGAAAUCGACUUCUCUUGGUGCAAACGGAGGAACUAACAGCCACCAACAACCAAAAAUUAGUAGCGCCACUCACCCGCCCAGAUGCACUGGUUUUGGGAUCCAGGAGAUACUGGGACUAAAUAAAGAGCCUUCCGCGGCCCCGAAGAGUACCAUGGGGUCUCUGCCCGCUGGGGCGCACCUGUUUGCAGCCAGGUCUAUGCUUGGCCCCGCUGGCAUUGGGAUGGGAUUAAUUGGCCCAGGAGGAAUUCCUUCGUUUUACAGUCAACCCGCGUUUUUGGAGGUACUGUCGGACGCACAGCAUGUUCACCUGCAGCCCCACAGUAGAUCUCUGGGGCACCUGGACGCAAACCAGUCGGCCAGUUCAGACUCAGAGGAUUUGUCAUCCAGUGAACGAAAACUUUCAAAGUCAAUAAAUCAGAGCAAGAAACGGAAGAAGAGACGUCACCGGACCAUAUUCACAUCGUAUCAACUCGAGGAGUUGGAGAAAGCGUUUAACGAAGCCCACUAUCCUGAUGUGUACGCGCGAGAGAUGCUGGCAAUGAAAACCGAGCUGCCUGAGGACAGAAUACAGGUCUGGUUCCAGAACCGCCGGGCCAAGUGGAGGAAGAGGGAGAAGUGUUGGGGGCGCAGCAGUGUGAUGGCAGAAUACGGCCUGUACGGAGCCAUGGUUCGCCACUCCAUCCCCCUGCCUGAGUCCAUUCUCAAGUCGGCCAAGGAUGGUGUCAUGGACUCCUGUGCGCCGUGGCUGCUAGUUCAAGAAGGGUUUCCAAUCAACAGACGCUUUUCUAAAUCCGAAUGCCCACAAUUCUUUACAGGGAUGCACAAAAAGACCAUGGAUGCGGUAGUCCAGCCAACAGGAAAGACAGGCGUGGCCCAGCAGACGGACAAUCAGAGGGCAGAAGAGAGCGAGGUGCUGGAGGAAACGAGAGACGACGACCAGGCUCCCUUUUCGAAGGAGGAACUGAGGGAGAACAGCAUCGCUGCGCUGAGGGCCAAGGCUCAGGAACACAGUGCCAAAGUUCUGGGGACAGUUUCACACGAGAGAACGGACGUUCAGCCGGACAGACGAGAAGCGGGAGAAGAAGAGAGGCCCGGUGGUCAUGUGACUCCGGAGGAGGAGAAGAAGAGUCCAUAGAGACCGUCACUAAGGACUGCAAUGUAAUACUCAGCCCUGAUUGAUCCCUCUGUC